AUGACAGCGACUCAGGAACACGACCUCUUCUCGCCGGAACCUCACUACAUCCCCGGCUAUGCAGGCUUCUACCCCCAGCUGCGCUAUCAGGUGGGCAACACCUACGGGCGCACCACGGCGCAGCUGCUCACGGACCCCAGCGUUCGGAAGAGCCCCUGCUCCGUGCUGUCCCCCAUGUUCAAGUCCAAGUUCAUUGAGGACUUCAGCAAGUCCAAGCCCCCCUGGGAACCCUGCCGGGACCUGACGGAACCCUACAUCCCGCAUUACACGGGCUAUGCUGGCUUUGUCCCCCGGUUCACCUGGGUGAUGGGGCUCAACCACCGAGACGGCAUCAUGCAGGCCAUGGACGAGUUCGACAAGGACCAGUUCCUGUUCAGAAAUCCCGUCUGCGCACUGGGUGAGAGGCUGCCCCGGACGCACUGGCCGGCCACCAGCAUCUAUAGCAGCCGGGGCCUGACCCCCUUCUACAUGGGCUUCAUCCCAUCCAUGCAGGACAACUACGCGCUGACGUUCGGCAACAGCACCCGGAGGGCCUAUCAGAAGGAACUGGAGAGGCGACACCGCACACUAUGA